AUGACGGAAUCGGGCUCGCCGAAGGACGUGACUCAAUUAUCCUUCGAAGAGGGUGGCUUCCUGCAGCAUCAGCCAAUCGAGUCAAUUAUUCCUUUCGAAGAAUGGCGCUGCAGUCGGUUUGGCAACAUGCGACCAGCUGUAAUUAUAGACUCUAUGGAACAGGACACCAAGUGCGACCGUCCUCAGGGCGAAUGCGGGGUAGCAGGCCUACCUGACAGUCCGCUUAACACGCCUGUCAUUGAGAAUCCGUAA